AUGAGCCUGGGGAAGCUGCCGGUGCUCAGCUGGGUGUCGGGCUCCCAUGGCAAGCGGCGGCUGAAGUCGGAGCUGACGCCGGACAUGAUCAGCCCACCACUGGGGGACUUUCGGCACACCAUGCAUGUGGGGCGCGGCGGGGACGUCUUUGGGGACACCUCCUUCCUCAGCAACCACGGUGGGGUCGACACGGCCAAAGCCAACAACUUCUUCGCCCGGACACUGCGGCACGUCCGCCGGACGCCGCUGAGGAGCCGGGGCAGCAGAGGCCAAGCGGGAGCAUCGCCUGCCCCCCCACCAGUCUCACCCAUCAUCAAGAAUGCCGUCUCCCUGCCGCAACUCAACGAAGGGAUGUAUGAUGGCAGCAGCGGCCGGGGCUUGACCAGCAAGUUCUCCUUCAAAAGUGCCUCCAACAGCUUCUCCAAAACACACCAGGCCUACGGGCUGGAGUCUGGGUUUUGCACCAUCCCUCGUGUUCCCCGCUUGGAAAAAGCCCAAGAGAGCACCUUCCUUGGGGACGCAGAGCUGAACCACUCGGACUCUCUGCUCUCCUUCCGCCUGGACCUGGGGCCCUCCCUGAUGAGUGAGCUCCUCCAGGUGAUGAGCUUCUCUGAAAGCAAUGGGAACGAGGUGGGGGAGGAUGACCCAGACCUCCCGCGUGGUGAGGGGACCAAGGAUGGGGUCCCUCCAGCAUCAGGAGCAUCCCAUGGAGAGGACAAGGUGACGUCCAGCUUCUGGGAUAGCUCCGGGCACAGAAGCCUGUCAGGGGCCAGCUCGCUACCAGGACUGUCGGUCCGUGCCAAUGGAGAGGCACACGCCAUCGAGGGCACUGGAGAGGACCCUGCCUGGGCUUCAGGGCUGGGGGCAGCGCCCAGAGGGACCCCGUGGCAGGGGCACUGGAACGACUGCACCAUCGAGGCAGGAGAGUUUGACCGGGCAGCCCAGGUCCUGGCCUGCCAUUACGGUGGGACCAGCACCCCACGGAGCUCGGAGAAAGGCGAGGGUCCCCAUCAGGCCCGGACGCAGUCCCUGUGGGAGAGCCCCAGCAGCAGCUCAUGGCGGUCUCAAGUGACACGGGACAGCCAGUCCCCUGAGGCCACCUGGAACCAGGGAGAAGAGGAGGAGGAGGAGGAGGAGGCGGCCGAGCUCUCCAGCCUGCAGGAGGGGUAUGCUGGUGCCCGGGGCAGGCGCAGUAACUCCUUCGAGUAUGCUGAUGAGGAGGAGGAGGAUGAUGAAGUCAAGGUGUGA